AUGGAGUGUGGAAAAGCACGUUCUACACAUCAACGAACUCACACAGGAGAGAAACCAUAUAAAUGCAUGGAGUGUGGGAAUAGCUUCAGUCAAAGCUCACAGCUUACUAGGCAUCAACAAAUACACACUUGGGUGAAACCAUAUAACUGCAUGGAGUGUGGAAAGAGCUUCAAUCAUAGUGGAGCGUUUACUAGACAUCAACGAAUUCACACAGGAGAGAAACCAUAUAAAUGCACGGAGUGUGGAAAGAGCUUCAGUGUUAGUAGAGCACGUACUACACAUCAACGAAUUCACACAGGAGAGAAACCAUAUAAAUGCAUGGAGUGUGGGAAUAGCUUCAGUCAAAGCUCACAGCUUACUAGGCAUCAACAAAUACACACUUGGGUGAAACCAUAUAACUGCAUGGAGUGUGGAAAGAGCUUCAAUCGUAGUGGAACACUUACAAUCCAUAAAAAAACUCACACAGGAGAGAAACCAUAUAACUGCAUGGAGUGUGGGAAUAGCUUCAGUCAAAGCUCACAGCUUACUAGGCAUCAACAAAUACACACUUGGGUGAAACCAUAUAACUGCAUGGAGUGUGGAAAGAGCUUCAAUCGUAGUGGAACACUUACAAUCCAUAAAAAAACUCACACAGGAGAGAAACCAUAUAAAUGCAUGGUGUUUGGAAAGAGGUUCAGUGAUAGUGGAGCGUUUACUAGACAUCAACGAAUUCACACAGGAGAGAAACCAUAUAAAUGCACGGAGUGUGGAAAGAGCUUCAGUGUUAGUAGAGCACGUACUACACAUCAACGAACUCACACAGGAGAGAAACCAUAUAAAUGCAUGGAGUGUGGGAAUAGCUCCAGUCAAAGCUCACAGCUUACUGGACAUCAAUGAAUACACACUGGGGUGAAACUGUAUAACUGCAUGGAGUGUGGAAAGAGCUUCAAAUGUAGUGGAACACUUACAAUCCAUAAAAAAAUUCACACUGGAGAGAAACCAUAUAAAUGCAUGGAGUGUGGAAAGAGCUUCAGUCAUAGUGGAGCACUUACUAGACAUCAACGACUCACACAGAGAAACUAUAUAAAUGCAUGGAGUGUGGAAAGAGCUUCAGGAAAUGCGAACAUUUUACUAGACAUCAACGAACACACGCAGGCGUAA